GGCAAAGAUCUCCCAGCAGAGGGAAAGAGACCGUUGUAUGGACAAACUCUCCUGAAAGAAGGAUGCCACAGCUGAGCCUGUCCUGGCUGGGACUAGGGCCAGUAGCAACCUCCCCAUGGCUGCUGCUGCUGCUCGUCGGGGCCUCAUGGCUCCUGGCCCACAUCCUGGCCUGGACCUACUCCUUCUACGACAACUGUCGCCGCCUCCGCUGUUUCCCACAACCUCCAAAACAAAACUGGUUUUGGGGUCACCAGGGCCUGAUUUCUCCCACGGAGGAGAGUUUGAGAGAAAGGAUUGAGCUGGUGGCCAACUACCCCCAGGGCUUUAAACUCUGGCUGGGACCCAUCCUCCCUCUCAUCAAUUUGUGUCACCCCGACAUCCUGCGACCUGUCCUCAAUGCCUCAGCUGCCAUCAUACCCAAGGAUAUGAGUUUCUAUGGCUUCCUGAAACCAUGGCUGGGGGACGGGCUUCUGUUGAGUGGUGGUGACAAGUGGAGCCAACACCGUCGCAUGCUGACACCUGCCUUCCAUUUCAACAUCCUGAAGCCCUAUGUGAAGAUUUUCAAUAGGAGUGUAAACAUAAUGCAUGCCAAGUGGCAGCGCCUGGCUUUGGAGGGCAGGGCCCAUCUGGACAUGUUUGAGCACAUCAGCCUCAUGACCUUGGACAGUCUGCAGAAAUGCAUCUUCAGCUUCGACAGCAACUGUCAGGAAAAAUCCAGUGAAUAUAUUGCCACCAUCUUGGAGCUCAGUUCACUUAUAGAAAAAAGGAACCAGCAGGUCCUCUUGCUCAUGGACUUCCUGUACUAUCUCACUCCCAAUGGGCGGCGCUUCCUCAAGGCCUGUAGGCUGGUGCACAACUUCACAGACGCCGUCAUCCAGGAGCGACGUCGCACCCUCCCCACUCAGGAUAUUGAUGACUUCCUUGAGGCCAAAGCCAAGACCAAGACUUUGGACUUCAUUGAUGUGCUCCUGCUGGCCAAGGAUGAAGAUGGAAAGGCGUUGUCAGAUGAGGACAUAAGAGCAGAAGCUGACACCUUCAUGUUUGAGGGCCAUGAUACCACAGCUAGUGGUCUCUCCUGGGUGCUGUACAACCUUGCAAGACACCCAGAAUACCAGGAGCGUUGCCGGCAGGAGGUGCAAGAGCUCCUGAGGGACCGUGAGCCUGAAGAGAUAGAAUGGGACGACCUGGCCCAGCUGCCCUUCCUGACCAUGUGCAUUAAGGAGAGUCUGCGGCUGCAUCCUCCAGUUCCAUUGGUCUCCCGCUGCUCUACCCAGGACAUUGAGCUCCCUGAUGGCCGGGUCAUCCCCAAAGAUGUCAUCGUACUCAUCAAUAUUUUAGGAACCCAUCACAACCCAGCUGUGUGGCCGGACCCAGAGGUCUAUGACCCCUUCCGCUUCGAUCCAGACAAAGUCAAGGAGAGGUCACCGCUGGCUUUUAUCCCCUUUUCCGCAGGGCCCAGGAACUGCAUCGGGCAGGCCUUCGCCAUGGCCGAGAUGAAGGUGGUCCUGGCGCUCACGCUGCUGCGCUUUCGCGUCUUGCCGGGCCACUCCGAACCCCGCAGGCUGCCUGAGCUGAUUCUGCGCGCGGAGGGCGGUCUUUGGCUGCAUGUAGAGCCGCUGAAGGCGGGCGGGCAGUGACCCGGCGACACGCUCCCUCCUCCCCUCCCCCAAGCUUUGCCGGUUCCUGGGAAUAAAACUCUGCAGUCGCCUCUGCCCGAACCUCAUCCACGGCCAGCAGGGGGCGCUCGGGCACUGCGGGGAUCCAGGGGGUGGGCUUGAUGGGUGGAGGCGGGGCUGGUCUCUGAGAGCCACACCCCGACAGCCUCGGUGGCUGAGCUCAGCACUCCUGCGCCUGUCGCUGGUUCUCUCAGAGUCCAAGUAUGGACUUUAUUCUACAGGAGAUAAGGAGCCAUGGGAGGUGUUUGAGCAUGAGAGGGCCACAGUUAAGGCCAAAUUUAAGAGGCAAGACGAAGGCUCUGAGUCAGAGAGAGGACUCCUAGAGGCGGAUCCCUUCACCUACUGAGGGGUGUCCCAAGACGCCCCCACAGAGCCCACUGACCAGCCCAUAGCACAGAGGAGGAGGCCUGCAGCUCCCACCCUGGCAGCCUGUCCAGGAUUCCUAGUUCCCUUCCUGCUCUUGCCAAUGUCCCACACCUGUGUCCACCCUUCCUGGUUGGUCCCAUCGGUGAUCUCUUCCCCUACCUUCGGGGAGUCCCUCACUCCCUUCUUUGAUGCUGCCUGGGCAGCCUGGACAGCACAUACUGAUUUAACCCACUUAGGAGCUCUCACAAGAGGGUGGGUGGGGAGGCUCAUCACCACCCUUUCCCCUCUGGGUUCCUCCUUCAUUCCUAUCACAGGCCACCCUGACCCAUCUUGAAGGGGGCGGGGGCAGUGCCAUCCUGUUUCACUGGAGAUCCAAAGCCAGACCUCUGGCCACAAAUACCAGGGAUACAGAGCCAGACUGCUUGGGCUCAAGUCUGGCUUCUGCUGUGAUUUGGGCAAGUUAAUGUCCCUCUCUGUGCCUCAGUUUCCUCGAUCAUAUAAUGAGGACAACAAUGCUGCCUACCUCAGGACUGUCGUGAGGGCUGAUUAAAAACGGCUUAGAGCUGUAUCUGGUGCACAAUUAAUGCUCAAAAAUGUGGCCAUUAUUACUACCUGUUCCAGAAAGGCUGCUGAAGCACGCGGCCUUUCAAGAUACUUAUUCCUGCUAUGACUUUUAAGAGUGUGCCUUGGACUCAGAAGCAAGAAUUGUAAUAUAUUCAUGCUCAUUAAAUCAAGUCUUUUCCCCACAAAA